UGACUGCAGAGGAAUAAGUAGAAGCAAUUGAAAUCGCAUUUAUAUGCUCCUCUCCUCCAUCGAAUAUCGGAUUUCUUUGUUUGCGCGGCCGGUAAUUUUGACGUCAUGCGAGCGCAAGAGGACGUUGGUGGUGAUUGGCUGGGUUCGAUCCCUUCAGGGACAACUUUCCUUUCAUUCUUUCUUUCUUCCAUGGUACUUGCAUCCCUCCAUCGGAUAUCUUCGUAUACAUCUACGAUACAUCACAAUCCACGUCAUUUUUGCAUAGUUGACGUUGCCGCUGGUCAUUAUGCAGCCAAGGAAGAAUGCCUGUGGAUUGUUUGUAUCCUGCGACCAUCGAACCGUCUUCCAUGCGCUCUGUGCUGGUGGCCAGAAGACCUAGAUCUGAUCCUGGCCGCUUGUCUUGCAUGGUCAAUGGAAGCUGGCCCUGCACCCUGCUGGUUUCAGGAUGAAAGCGCAGACGGUCAUCUGACGCUGCGCGUUUGGUGAUGCAACGGACAAAGAACGGAAAUCUUCCAUUCUUAUGACCAACCCAGAAUCUUCCUCUUGUUCUCUUCAAGAUCAAGACAGUCAGCAGAUUUAUCAAGCAAAUCUCAUUGACGAGCAACCAACUCGACAGUAUCAACUGGGCUCAUCUCAUCGACACUC